AUGCAAACAACUAUGGAACUUGAGCCUAUACCUAUCCUUCGAAAUGAAUCUACCUCGUCAACGACCUCCACAGAAAGCGACGAUUCCGUUCUCCACACGCCCUCUGAUGAACACGCUCUGGAUUUCGAGCUUAUAGACGGCGCACUUCUCGCAGCAACUACCCCAAAGGGCCUCAUUGACUUCGAAUAUCAUGGCGUGGCCUCUCAUCGCGUUUCCUUUCCUCGCCAGUUCUCCAAAGCCAUCGUCGAUGUCAAGAGUAAUGCAGAAGUAAAAGCUGCGAGCCAACAUUCUCCUCGCUCGGAGCCCGAAUCUUAUUAUCCCGAUUCUCCCCCCGUUCCAAAUUCUUCUCCAGAAAUUGACUGCUCAUCGGGCGUAAUGACUCCUAAUCAACCUGAAGAAAAUGUUAUUCAAGAAGCCCGCCCUCGAACGCCUGACUCCAUAUUGAACUUUUAUACGACCGCAGUCAACCAGGAUGUUGUGAGGACUCCGCGAAGUCGCCCAGGGCUUCUUAGAUCCGAUAUUUUCUCGCCUGCCCAGCCUCCAGUGCCAUUCUUCCUGAACGAAGUCGAGUCCAUUGAGUUUACCCCCAGAGCGCAUUCUACUUUGCGCCAUCGUCGAGUGCAACUAGAUCAGAGUAAUGUGGAGAAAUUGUCUCCUACCUCUCCUUUUCUCAACCACAAUGAUGAUUUGGACCAAUCCAGCCUCCACGUUCCCUCGUUCACGCAAGUUUCUGUCCUUCUUCCCUUGCAGUUUGUCGCCUUCCCCGUCUACGCAGCAUUUGUCGGAGCUGUUAUCCUUCUGGCCCCAGACAAUUUAUCGAAUAUCGCCUUUCCUGCCACCGUCACCACCGUCCCGCAAUCCAACGCAGGACAUCUCUUUCGUGCCAUACUUUCCCUAAUCUUCCCGUUUUCGUCCCCAUCACCGCCGACGCAGCCUAUUCGUGAAUUUGCCCAUUGGGUUUCCGUCGCCCAUUUGCAUGUCGCCAUCUUCCUGUCAGUGCUUGCAGGUCUCGCGUACUUGCACCUGCCUCUAGGGAUUCUGGUUGCCGCUGGGUGUUUGGCGCGGAUUGUCCAGCCCGGUGCUUGGGGCCACUUCUCGCUCCCUGAGGAAGAUGAAGAGGAGGAGUUGGGAGCAGAUGUGCGGGAAAUGUUGUGGCGUGCCGUUGUGGCUGCCCCCGGAAGUGGUUUGCGUGACGGCGAGAAUGUGAAGAAUGUCGGUGGACGGUUUUAUGUUGUGCGAAAAGCUAAAAGCGAUACGCGGGCGGACGUGUUGGCGGCGGGUGGGUUGGAUUCGACCGAGGAUGCGGAAGACGAUGAUGACUGA